AUGAACGCGUUCUAUGCCUUGUUCGCGAGUCACAUAGUCGCCGCCAUCUUCUCCCCCAUCCAGGACUGCGACGAAGUCUUCAACUACUGGGAACCCACCCACUACCUUACCCACGGCCAUGGCUUCCAAACCUGGGAGUAUUCGCCCGAGUACGCCAUCCGCUCAUGGGCGUAUACUGGCCUACACGCCCUGGUGACUCUGCCCGUCAAGCUUGCCAACGGCGACAAAGUUGCUGCCUUCUACCUACUCCGGAUCUUUUUAGGCUUCAUCUGCGCUCUGUCCGAGACCAGGCUAUUCUCGAAGAUUGCCGCCACGCUCAACCCAAGGAUUGCCGUCUUGUUCCUCGUCAUCAUGGCGACGAGCCCGGGCAUGUUCCAUGCCAGCGUUGCGUAUCUGCCCAGCAGUUUCGCCAUGUGCUUUGUCAUGCUUGGCAUGGCAGCCUUCAUGGAUUGGCGAGGCGGUCUACGCACGGCACAGGGUAUCUGGAUGUUUGGCGUUGGUGCCUGCCUUGGCUGGCCGUUUGCCGCUGCACUGUCUGCACCUUUCCUUAUCGAAGAACUCUACCUGGCGUCGAUAAGCGACACGCAAGGCAUGCUUGAGCUUUUCUGGCGUGUGGUAGACGGCGUUGUCCGGACACUGCUUUGCCUCGGACUGCAAGUCAGCGUCGAUGGGUUCUUCUACAAGAAGCUCCUACUGGUGCCGCUCAACAUUGUUACCUACAACAUUUUCAGCAGCAAAGGGCCGGAACUCUACGGGACCGAACCGUGGCACUUCUACCUUCGAAAUCUGUUUCUGAACUUUCAUGUCUGGCUACUGCUUGCACUAUCGGCGAUGCCACUCGUGCUCGCCCAGCACUUCUUCCGCACCAAAGGAGCGACCAAAUCGAGCUGGCUUCGUGGCGUAGUAUUCCUCACACCCUUUUACAUCUGGCUGGCAAUCUUCACCCUUCAGCCCCACAAGGAAGAGCGUUUCAUGUACCCUGCCUACCCUGCUCUGGCCCUGAAUGCAGCAGUCGCCAUGCACAUCAUCCUCGCCAACCUCGGCUCCACCGAUCAGAGCGACUUGAUCGCGAAGAUCCCCGUCAUGCUUCGCUUGGCCGGCAUUCUCGGCUUCAUCGUUCUUGCCCUCUCCGUCUCAGUUCUUCGCAUCAUGGGCCACAUCAGCGCCUACGACGCUCCCUUGUCGGUAUACCACCCCUUAAAGGCGAACGCCACCAACCCAGGCGACACCGUGUGUCUAGGCAAGGAAUGGUACCGCUUCCCAUCCCACUACCAUCUCCCCGAAGGCGUCAAGGCAAAGUUCAUCAGAUCCGAGUUCUCGGGUCUCCUACCUGGCGAGUUCAGCGAAGUCGCAUCGGGUCAAAGCUUCGGUCUGUUUCCGGGUACCUGGCUCGUACCGCCUGGUAUGAAUGAUGAAAACCGGGAAGAUCUGUCUAAAUACACGGAUGUCAAGCACUGCAACUUUCUGGUCGACAGUCACUCGCCUUCUACGGAAGUUACGGGUCUUGAGCCAAGCUAUAUCUCGGAUAACGCGACUUGGGAGAAGGUGCAUUGCGUACCGUAUCUGGAUGCCGCUUCGACGAAUAUCGUUGGCAGACUGUUCUGGAUACCAAAUGCUACUUGGGUACCUGAGCAAUACCAGCGAGUAUGGGGUGAGUACUGCCUGCUUAAGCGUAGGCCGCAGAAGAAGCCCGUUGCAAGUACCCCUGCCGGUGCGGAAAGGACGAGAAGAUAUGAUAUUCCGAGCAUCGAGACGCUUGGCUGA